CUCCUAUCCCCUGCACUCUCCGCCCCGCCGCCUCUUCCUCUCUGUUGCCUCAACUGAAGCAAACUCCUAUAGAGAAGAAGCGGCAGACACAGCGCAGCUUGAGAGCCGGCUAUAGGGACGUGUACACACCGGGGAAGAGAGGAGGCAUUGUGCUGACAGGAAAGCGGGGAGAGGCGGGAGCCGAGAGACGGGCGGAGGAGGAGGUGACGGCGGCUGCACUAGUGCUGGAGAGCAGACAGCAGCCCCGCCGACAGACCUGUGCCCUCCUUAUCUGUGCCCAUCCAUAGAGCGCGGGAGCCGGGGAGAGCGUACCAGCUGCACAGACACCCGGAGGGGAGCGCUCCCGUCCCCCCCGCACCUUCAUGUGAUCGCCCUUCAUGUGUGUGGACACCCGGGGGCGGAAGAAGGAAAGUGCGGCGCUAGCUGAGGGCUCCGGUGAAGUUUCGCUCGUGUUCCGCCGCAGCCGUGCUCAUCCACCGCCAUUCACGUCCAGCCUGGUGCGCCCGUUAUAUUAGUGUCCUGUGCUCCGGAGAGAUUGGAUAAUGGUGGGGGAAAUGGAAACAAAGGAGAAGCCCAAGCCGACCCCAGACUAUCUGAUGCAGCUCAUGAACGACAAGAAGCUUAUGAGCAGCCUGCCCAACUUCUGCGGGAUCUUUAACCACCUAGAGCGGCUCCUAGAUGAAGAGAUCAGCAGAGUACGAAAAGAUAUGUACAACGACACAUUAAAUGGCAGUGGCAACCCUGACAGGCGAAGUGCAGAACUACCAGAUGGUAUUGGACCUAUUGUACAGUUACAAGAAAAACUUUAUGUGCCUGUAAAAGAAUAUCCAGAUUUCAAUUUUGUUGGACGUAUCCUGGGACCUCGAGGACUAACUGCUAAACAAUUGGAAGCAGAAACUGGAUGCAAGAUUAUGGUUCGAGGCAAAGGCUCAAUGAGAGAUAAGAAAAAGGCGGUUACCAAUAUACUGGAAUGCAGUAUGUUGGCUCUUAACAAGGAAGAACAAAAUAGAGGAAAACCAAACUGGGAGCAUCUGAAUGAAGACUUGCAUGUAUUGAUCACAGUGGAAGAUGCCCAAAACCGAGCAGAAAUAAAAUUACGAAGAGCAGUGGAAGAAGUGAAAAAAUUGCUGGUUCCAGCAGCUGAAGGAGAAGACAGCUUAAAAAAAAUGCAAUUGAUGGAACUUGCCAUUCUGAACGGCACAUACAGAGACGCCAACUUAAAAUCACCAGCCCUUGCCUUUUCUCUUGCAGCGACAGCUCAGGCCCCACGGAUUAUAACUGGGCCUGCGCCUGUACUGCCCCAAGCUGCUCUGCGUACACCUACGCCAGCUGGGCCUACCUUAAUGCCUUUGAUCAGACAAAUGACAGCCGCUGUCAUGCCAAAUGGAUCCCCUCAUCCGACUGCUACACUAGUCCAACAGGGACCGGAAACUGGCUUGAUCUACACACCAUAUGAUUAUCCUUAUACACUGGCCCCAGCAACAUCAAUUCUUGAGUAUCCGAUUGAAACAAGCGGGGUAUUAGGUAUGGCUUUCCCCACGAAAGGCUAAGAAUACAAGAAAAUCUUAAAUGACCCUUCACUGAUCAUCAGAUUUGAAAUUUAGCAAUUGCCUAGUUUUAGCAAUCUUGAACAAAAAGAUAUAUAAGGAAAUAAACUUUACCUAGCAGUCAGUGACUUACUUGCACUUAUUUUUUAUUUUGCACAUAGAUAAAAUAAACCUUUUUGAUGUUGAUCAAUAUUUGAUUUAGUCUAUACGUUUUAAGUAGCAGUGAGUGAGUGUGUAGUAGAAUGCUGACUGCUAAGUUACCUACUCUUUGCGCUUUACUAAUCACUUAAUUCAUGUGGUUUCUACUUAAUGACUUAAGAUAAAGGAUACUCAAAACGUAUAAUAAACUGGAAUUUUUUUUUAAUACAACUAUUGUCAGUAUUAAAGUAAAAAAAACUUGAUCUGCUGAAAGUAAAGCACUUCAAUGAUUAUGUGACUAGUAAAGCUUCAUUAUUCUUGGGUCUAACAGAUUUCAAGAUACUGCUAUUAAGUGGCAAAUAAAUGCAUUAUGAUGCCCUUCAGUGUCACAGGUGCUUGCAGACACCGACUGAACUCACAGGGCUGAGCAGGUUAAGGCCUAGUGUGUGAUAUUAAAUGCAAUAUUAAUCUGCACAUAUAUCUUUUAUAUAGCAAUGACUUCAAACUACUGUGCCUUAACUUGUUGCUUUCUUAAAUAUAAAUCCUUUUUGUAGCAAACCAUCAUGUAAACUCCAGUUUUGAUGAACCUUUUUGUUAAUGUAUUGUGUGUACUUUUUAAAAUGAAUGUUGUGUUUCUAACGUUGUCUUGGUAAUUGCAAUUUAACUAGGUGCGGUGGCAACUAAAGUUCGAAGGCAUGAUAUGCGAGUCCAUCCUUACCAAAGGAUUGUGACCGCAGACAGAGGUUAGUUUAGCCGUGUAGUUUGUGUUUUUUAUUUUUAUUUUUUUUUCCUUCUAGCAUUACCAUAAAUACUAUGUCUGUAAGUUUACUUUACAACACCACACUAAAUAUGCACCCUAACAAUUUAGAGCAGAUGGCCAGGAAAUGUUUAGCACUCCUGUUUUUUCAUACUGCAUCAGCAGUGUAUGUUUACCAAGUGCUGAGUAAGCUUCUGUAAUUUACAGAUGUAUACAUAGACCCACCCCCAGGACCUGACUGAGGCCAAGAGUGUCCUUUAGGCUACGUUUCCACUUGGUUUUUUUCUGGCAGUUUUUGGAUAUCUGCCACUGCAGUUUUUGAGCCAAAGUCAAAAGUGGAUCCAUAAGGGAGAAGUGUAAGUCCUUCCUUUAUGUCUUUUUAUGUAUUCCAUUUGAAUACACAUCUGGUUUUGGCUCAAAAACUGUUUUCCAAAAACUGACAGAAAAAAAAAAACCAAGUGGAAACUUAGCCUGAGACCGCUGAACAAUAUUUGUAUUGUUUUGUUGUAUAGGAUAUCCUAGUCUGGUGUGCAAUUCCAUACAGACAAAAGCAGUAAAAUAAAUAAAGCUCAUAUCGUGCAGUUUUUUUUCCCUCUGACAUAUGCCAUAGAAUGGCAUCUGUUAGAUGAAUCCAUUAAACAUAUAUAUUGGGAGCGUUUUACCAGCAAAUGGGUUUAAAUGUACAUUUUAAUAUAGUGAAAAAGUAGCCCAAAGCGAGUGUCACACACAGCAGUUGUGUGAUAAACUGCCAGUACAGUAGUAGAUCCAGCCGGGACGAAAAUGUGAUUAUUUAUUUAUUUUUAUUUCUUUCCUUUAUGAUUUCCGAUUCCUGUACAGGUCCACUUUUGGCUUUGGCUCAAAAUUUCAGUAACUUUUUCCCCAAAAACUUCCCUGUGAGACACUUUUAUUUUACCACUGAGCAUACAGCUUGGUAUACGCUGCUCUAUGUUGGUAUGCAGAAUUUACUUUGGUGUUGCAAAGCAGGACAGAUGAAUGCUUAAAUAUAAAAGUUGAAUAGGAAGCCUUUGACCUAGAUUUAUCAAACUGUGCGAAAAAAGGGAUUUUUCCCGAACAACUUAUCACAGCUCAGCUCUCAUAUCUUAAUGCGCUCUGGUAAAGUGAAAGAUGAGCUGUGAUUGGUUGUUAUGAAAAGAAUCUUACACAGUUUGUAUAAAUUUGGGCUAGAAUCCUUAGCCUACUGUAAGUUUUGCGGAUGCCAUUUUGUAAGAGUUUUGGUUUAAGAGGGUUAUCCAGGAUAAAAAAAAAAACAUAGCUGCUUUCUGGCAAAAAUAGCACCACACCUGUCCUCAGUUUGUAUGUGGUAUUACAGCUCUGCUCCUUUUACAUUACUUUAAUGGAACUAAGCUGCAAUGCCACACAGAAACUGAAGGCAAGAGUGAUGCUGUUUGUGGAAGAAAGCAACCAUGUUUUUAUAAAUCUUGGAUAGCCAUUUAGAAUUUUUUUUUCUUUUUUAGUUAUUGACACCAGUUAAAUCAAAAGUUGGCCCAAGUGUACCAUUUGUCAUAAUAUUGGGUCACUUCUCAUACAAACAUAACACUAGAGCAGAAGCUGCAUGGCAUACAAUUCUGCAAUAUUGGAUAUCACAUACUGUAUGUCUAUUGAGCUUUUUUUCUGUCUGAAUUUCCUCAAAAGUUCAGCAUUGAAAGGGAAGUUGAAACCACAUUUGGGUUCUUAACCCCUUAAGGACGCAGGACGUAAAUGUACGUCCUGGUGCGGUGGUACUUAACGCACCAGGACGUACAUUUACGUCCUGUGCAUAACCGCGGGCAUCGGAGCGAUGCCAGUGUCAUGCGCGGCUGAUCCUGGCUGCUGAUCGCAGCCAGGGACCCGCUGGCAAUGGCCGACGCCCGCGAUGUCGCGGGCGUCCGCCAUUAACCCCUCAGGUGCCGGGAUCAAUACAGAUCCCGGCAUCUGCGGCAGUGCCCAAUUUAAAUGAACGAUCGUAUCGCCCGCAGCGCUGCUGCGGGGAUCCGAUCAUUCAGAACGCCGCACGGAGGUCCCCUCACCUUCCGGCUCCCGGCGUCUUCUGCUCUGGUCUGUGAUCGAGCAGACCAGAACAGAAGAUAGCCGAUAACACUGAUCUGUUCUAUGUCCUAUACAUAGAACAGAUCAGUAUUAGCAAUCAUGGUAUUGCUAUGAAUAGUCCCCUAUGGGGACUAUUCAAGUGUAAAAAAAAAAUGUAAAAGUUAAAAAAAAAAAGUGAAAAGUCCCCUCCCCCAAUAAAAAAAGUAAAACGUCCGUUUUUUCCUAUUUUACCCCCAAAAAGCGUAAAAAAUAAAUUUUAUAGACAUAUUUGGUAUCGCCGCGUGCGUAAAUGUCCAAACUAUUAAAAUAAAAUGUUAAUGAUCCCGUACGGUGAACGGUGUGAACGUAAAAAAAAAGUCCAAAAUUGCUACUUUUUUAAUACAUUUUAUAAAAAAAAAUUAUAAAAAAUGUAUUAAAAGUUUUUUAUAUGCAAAUGUGGUAUAAAAAAAAAGUACAGAUCAUGGCGCAAAAAAUGAGCCCUCAUACCGCCGCUUAUACGGAAAAAUAAAAAAGUUAUAGGUCAUCAAAAUAAAGGGAUUAUAAACGUACUAAUUUGGUUAAAAAGUUUGUGAUUUUUUUUAAGCACAACAAUAAUAUAAAAGUAUAUAAUAAUGGGUAUCAUUUUAAUCGUAUUGACCUUCAGAAUAAAGAACACACAUCAUUUUUACCGUAAAUUGUACUGCGUGAAAACGAAACCUACCAAAAUUAGCAAAAUGGCGUUUUUCUUUUUAAUUUCCCCACAAAAAUAGUGUUUUUUGGUUGCGCCAUACAUUUUAUGAUAUAAUGAGUUAUGUCAUUACAAAGGACAACUGGUCGCGCAAAAAACAAGCCCUCAUACUAGUCUGUGGAUGAAAAUAUAAAAGAGUUACGAUUUUUAGAAGGCGAGGAGGAAAAAAUGAAAACGUAAAAAUUAAAUUGUCUGAGUCCUUAAGGCCAAAAUGGGCUGAGUCCUUAAGGGGUUAAGCAACAUUUACUAUAAUUUAGCAAAUUAAAUCUCUUAAUUUGUGUUAUGGGCAAACACCAGCAUUGUAGUGAUCAUCAUCCUGGCAUCUGCAAAAAUGCCCCCUUACAAAGUGUAGGCCUCGAGCUUCUAAAUCUUGGACGAGAGGAAUAUUGAAAAUCUCUUCUUCUUUGACUUAAAGUGCAGUCCUGGAAAUAUUCUUAUUUUAUAAUUAAGCAUUCUUGACUUGAAGGGCAGUCAUUUCAAUGGUUAUUCAUGACUACAUUGUAUCCUAUUAUCAGUUUUAUUGUUGUAACGGACAGACUGAAAUACUUGUUAUAACCUGUUAAUAAUGUUGCACAGUUAUUAAACCUGUGUGUACUGUAUUUGGCCAUAGACUUGGCAGAGGAUGUGUCACAGCUAUGCCAGUAAGUUGCACCAACUGAUAUUAUAAUAUAACCACAUCUCUUGAUUAUUUCUUUUAAUCCAGUUACAAGUAGCACAUUGGGCUAGGUGUACAACACAACAUAAUGCCAUUGUGGUAGUAAUGAGCCGCAUUUAUAAUUUUGUUUGCUUGAUAGAAGCAUGUUUUAAGCAAGCAUCUUAGUUCCCAUUAAGAACUAAAGUGAACACGGUUAUGUUUAAUUUAAGAUAUUGGAAGGGAAUCUGUUUAACUCAAGAGAUAUAUCUUUUGUCUUUCCGUUUAUGAAGUUGAACAACUGAUGCAUGGUCUUUAAGACUAAGCUAUCUGUGAACCUACUGGAUAUCAUUUUACGAAAUGACACAAAUCUGACUUUGCACUGAAAACUUCUCGUCUACAUCUCCUCUGCUUUAGUCAUGAUGGCAACAGUACAGUCUAAGCAAAUGGAACCUCAUAAUAUAUAGUAAAGCUGUUGAAAGAGUCUUAAAACAUACUACUGUUUAAGUGGACCAAGUUUAGUGAAGGAGAUUGUGAGUUACUGAGGAAGGAAGAGCUCAAGAACACUGGGAAUGUUAACUUUCCACUUGAGAACUUUUUAUGUUUUACUGUAUUUUUAUUUUUUUUUU